AUGAAGUUCCUUGCCAAUCUCGCUCUCUUAGCCUCUCUGGCUAGCGCUGCCUCCAUGGGCAAGCGUUCCCAACCUCUCGAUAUCCAGAUCGAGCAAGUAGGCAACUCUGUUGUUAAGGCUACCAUCACCAACACUGGUGCCGAGGACCUGAGGCUGUUGAAGACUGGUGGCCUCCUGGACUCUGCUCCUGUUGAGAAGGUUAAGGUCUUCCAGGGCAACAACAAGCUUGACUUUGAGGGCAUCCGUCUCCGCUUGAUGAACGGCGCUUUCGCAGAUGAGGCCUUCCAGACCAUCCCUGCCGGCCAGACCAUCGAGAUUAGCUUUGAUGCUGCCGAGCUUCAUGACCUCACUACUACCGGUGAUUACGACUUCGUUGCCAGCGGCGUCCUCUCCUUCGCUACUACCGACAGAAACGAGGUUGCUGGUGUCAUCCCAUACUCAAGUAAUACUAUCACCGCCAAAGUCGAUGGUGAGGAGGCUGCUAAAGUCCGCUCGGCCUUUGUGAAGCGCACUUCCGUCCAGUCCGACUGCACUGGCAGCAAGCUCACCGCCACACGAAACGCCGUUACUAACUGCCGCUCUUUUGCCUCUCGUGCCUCGUCCGCUGCCCUUAGCAACACCGCCAAAGUCCAGGAGUACUUCAAGUCGACCUCCGUUGGCUCCACCGUCGCCUCCGUCUUCGCUCGAGUGGUCUCGGAGUGCGGCAGCACCAGCAGCGGUAGCUCCCGAACCUACUGCAGCGAUAUUUACGGGGCCUGCUCUAGCAAUGUCUUGGCCUACACCCUCCCCUCCAACAGUUACAUCGUCAACUGCCCCUUGUGUGCAUUGCCCGCUACCACGGGCACCUGCCACGCUCAGGAUCAAGCCACAACCACCCUCCACGAGGUCACCCACUUGAACUCCGUUGCCGGCACUGACGACUUGGGAUAUGGCUACGCUGCCGCUACCCGUCUCAGCUCAUCCCAGGCUCUUAACAACGCCGACUCCUACGCCCUCUUCGCCAACGCUAUUGCCGUUGGCUGCUAAGUGCGUUUCGCAUGUUUUCGGGAUCCGGGGCCUUUCUCGUUGAAGAAUGGAUGACAAAAUGAGGAUUGUGAUGACGACGCCGAUGAUGAAGAAAAUGAUAAUGAAUUUAAGGUGUAACUUAAAGUCAUGGCAUAACUGUCUAGAUAGAACCAGUCUACCUCAAAAGAGCCGUAAAUGCUUGGAUACCCUAGGCGCUCUUACGCUAAAGUUUUUGACUGCCUUAUAUGUUUACUAUGAGUGUGCCACCCAUUAUGAGCCAUGAUUUUGAGUAUUAUAUCCAACUAUCCUUAAGAAUCAAAGAGGAAGAAUAGCAA